UAUCCAUUUGCUCCUGGGCGUAAUUCAGACUCCCGUGCUGCGGGUGGCGCUAAACCUAUUUUAUCCUCCUACCUCGCUUCCUUUACCCUCUUUCCGCAUGCACUCACACACACGCAAACAGUGGGCUAAACAGCCAUGGCUGACAUAGCAGAGGAAAAAGAAGAGGUAGGCAAAACAGACGUGGCGAAGGAAAAAGAUGACAUACACACCCCUCACGGUUCCAAGUCGUUUGUGUGGAAGUAUUUCGGGUUCCGUAAAGAUGGAGGGAAACUGAUUAAGGAUAUGGCUAUAUGCAGAAAAUGUCGUUGGGAAGCGCGCUACUGUGGCAACACAUCCAAUCUGUCUGCUCACCUAAAAAGACGCCAUAGAGAUAUCCUCGGCGAAGAAAAAGCACAACCCUCUACAACAUUGACGACACUUUUCCCUCAGAAGUUUUCGAACAGCUCUAAGAGGGCGAAGAAUAUAUCCAAGGCAAUCGCGUUCUUCAUAUGUAGAGACAUACGCCCCUAUUGCGUGGUGGAGAACGAAGGCUUCCGUUACCUGCUCGACACUCUGGAGCCGAGGUAUUGCAUUCCCUCUCGACAGCACUUCAGCGAAUCAGUGAUUCCAAAGUUAUAUGCCAAAGUUCGUGAUGGUGUCAUUCAAGAGUUGCAGAAGGCACAGCGCGUAGCUGUAACAUGUGACGGAUGGACCUCCUGCACUACAGAGUCAUUCAUCACAGUAACAUGCCACUUCAUUGACCACGAAUGGGAGAUGCACAAUUACGUGUUACAGACGCGUGUGCUGGCGGAGACACAUUCAGGAGUUAACCUCGGACACGUCCUGCGAGCUGCGUGUGAAGAGUGGGGUCUGAGUGACAAAGCGCCAGCCCUCAUCACGGAUAAUGCAUCCAACAUGAAGAGGGCUGGGGAAGAGGCCGGGAUGUCACCCCACAUCAUGUGCUUCGCGCACACACUCAAUCUGUCCACUCAAGAUGGCCUCAAAAUCGCAGCCACGGACAGGCUGUUGGGUCGAGUUAGGAGAAUUGUGAGUUUUUUCCAUCGCAGCGCAGUUGCCACAGCAGUGUACAAGGAAAAACAAAAACUGCUCGACCUCCCGUGCCACAAGCUUAAAUCGGACGUGAAGACAAGGUGGAACAGUUCAUUCGAGAUGUUAGAGCGAUUCCUGGAACAACAGCCUGCGGUGACGGCAACACUCCUGGACAAGAAGCUGAGGAAAGGCGCAAGCGACAUUCACACUCUCACGGAAAGUGACCUAACCGCAGCAGAGCAAAUGGUUAGCUUGUUGGCCCCACUGAAAGCUGCCACCACGCUCAUGUGCGAAGAAAAGCAACCCACAGUAUCAGUCAUCGCACCCCUCAGAACGAAAUUGCUGACGCAUUUCGAAUGUGCACCGGACGACACUCCCUUGAUCAAAGACAUGAAACGAGCCAUGGCCGAGGAUCUCCAAGAACGGUACGAAGACGAGGAACCAUUCUUACACCGUGUAUUACAGAAUGAAGCAGAGGCCCAGGCCCAGAAAACACCUCCUCGUGCCCAGACGUGUGAUGAUGAAUGGGAAACUGAGACUGAAGAAGCACCCCCAGCUUCCAAGAAAACAAAAGUAUUGGAUGACUUGUUUGGUGACUCCUUCAGCACUGAGGACCUAAGUGUCAGGAAGAAAACAUCCAAGGAGCUAGUCAAUGAUGAGAUUAGGAAGUACAGAGACAUAGCAUCUCUGAGCCUGGGUGGGUACACUCUCACCUGGACAAAGGAGGCAGUGCGGUGA